AUGCCGACCACAACGUCGGCAUCCGAGUCGCCGGCAAUCGAGGAGUUUUCCCCCAUCAGUGAGCAGCUUGAAGCUGGUGAGGCAACCGAACUCCUGGAAACCUCGCAACCUGAUACAUACCAGAUUUCCGAAUACGACGCUAAGAAAUUUCUCCAGAGUUAUGGAUACAUGCCGACCUACAUCCAAUCAAAAGGAAAGUGGGAGUUUGUCGACAGGUCCAAGAUGCCGCUGCGGGAGGCGACAACCAGAAGGCCACGGUCACGGCGGAGGUCGACGCCAAUUCAGAUUCGUUUAAAACUUGAGGAACGAACAAAGUUCUCGGAAGCCAUCCAGAAGUUUUCAGAAACGGUACCGGCUUCGGAUAACAGGCUCCGUGGACGACGAGACGCUUCGGUUCAUGCAGCAACCGCGGUGUGUGUUCCGGAUAACACCGAGAGCUUCAACACCAAGAAGGGUCUUCAGAAGGGUUCAUCAACGACUAAGAUCAAAGGCAAACUGGGGCUAUCAGUCGGUAAAAGCACCCUCAAAGCCACCAUCAACAAUGACAGCGGUAGGCUCAGUGGUAGCAAGUCAACUUUAGUGACAAAUGGCGGUAGGACGACUGUGUCAUCACCUAGUCUCAAGCUAGGAGCCUCACGGACUCAGGACAGUGUGUUAUCUCGUAGCCCUUCAAAACCCUCCGAGCCGAUCUCGGUGUCUAGCCUUCUAACGAGAACGACCAAGCCGAGAGCAACCAGCCCUCCACGGGCGAGCACUUCACGUGGAACCCCUCAAUCUAUCACAGAGGUGACUGAAAUCAUCACUGAUUUCGUCACGGAGGAAGAUGAACUAAUGACCACAACACGACCCAAGACAUCCUCACUGACAACAGUUGGUACGCCACCCGUAACCAAGUUCGAUAUGUUACGGAGUAAGAGAAGCCUCGAGGAGGUCUUGAGCAGCAUCCAGCAGAACCGAGCAAGAGUCCGCAACAAACGGCAGUACGUCUACGAUAAUGGCAGCAACGCGAGCAACAUUGGCUUCUCUGAUGUCAUUAGCUGGCGUAUCAUUGACGCCUACUACUCACAGCAUUUCAGCUCUGCGGACUUGAGGAGUCAGAUCGAGCAAGCCUUCCGUAGAUGGUCAGAGAUACUACCGCUCAAGUUUGAAGAAAAACCGAGUGGAGAUUUACUACUGGUUGACAUCAUAUAUCUUUCAUCGAUAGCAGUAACCAACAGCGGGCAUUUUAACGUUGACUUCACAAGUGUGGAGCUCGCCCGAUCUACCAGUAACUGGGCCAUCCUAUUCAAUGAUGACAUUCAAUGGACCUACAACUCGCACCAGGGCAAAAAUCUCAUCCAAGUCGCCGUUCAUGAAGUUGGUCACGUGCUCGGCCUGACCCACGUGAACCAAUCAGACUCCAUCAUGUAUCCGGUCUACGUGAACUUUGACCCCAAUGAUAGUAACUUCCGGGUGGUUAUUGACAACCAGAGCCGGCAUACUGCUACUUCCAUUCACGUGACGUCAAGACAACAAGCAGCUGAUGGGUCAAAGUGGUGCCGUAGUACUUACAACACGCGGGGCAUUGUUAUUUACAUGCUAUCUAGCGGCAAUACUGACCGUGUCUACCUCACUACCAACGGGGAUGCCGACCACAACGUCGGCAUCCGAGUCGCCGGCAAUCGAGGAGUUUUCCCCAUCAGUGAGCAGCUUGAAGCUGGUGAGGCAACCGAACUCCUGGAAACCUCGCAACCUGAUACAUACCAGAUUUCCGAAUACGACGCUAAGAAAUUUCUCCAGAGUUAUGGAUACAUGCCGACCUACAUCCAAUCAAAAGGAAAGUGGGAGUUUGUCGACAGGUCCAAGAUGCCGGUAGACGAAGUCACCGUGAAAACCACCUCACCCUCACCCGUCAAUCUCCGCGUAGCUGCGGGAGGCGACAACCAGAAGGCCACGGUCACGGCGGAGGUCGACGCCAAUUCAGAUUCGUUAAAACUUGAGGAACGAACAAAGUUCUCGGAAGCCAUCCAGAAGUUUCAGAAACGGUACCGGCUUCGGAUAACAGGCUCCGUGGACGACGAGACGCUUCGGUUCAUGCAGCAACCGCGGUGUGGUGUUCCGGAUAACACCGAGAGCUUCAACACCAAGAAGGGUCUUCAGAAGGGUUCAUCAACGACUAAGAUCAAAGGCAAACUGGGGCUAUCAGUCGGUAAAAGCACCCUCAAAGCCACCAUCAACAAUGACAGCGGUAGGCUCAGUGGUAGCAAGUCAACUUUAGUGACAAAUGGCGGUAGGACGACUGUGUCAUCACCUAGUCUCAAGCUAGGAGCCUCACGGACUCAGGACAGUGUGUUAUCUCGUAGCCCUUCAAAACCCUCCGAGCCGAUCUCGGUGUCUAGCCUUCUAACGAGAACGACCAAGCCGAGAGCAACCAGCCCUCCACGGGCGAGCACUUCACGUGGAACCCCUCAAUCUAUCACAGAGGUGACUGAAAUCAUCACUGAUUUCGUCACGGAGGAAGAUGAACUAAUGACCACAACACGACCCAAGACAUCCUCACUGACAACAGUUGGUACGCCACCCGUAACCAAGUUCGAUAUGUUACGGAGUAAGAGAAGCCUCGAGGAGGUCUUGAGCAGCAUCCAGCAGAACCGAGCAAGAGUCCGCAACAAACGGCAGUACGUCUACGAUAAUGGCAGCAACGCGAGCAACAUUGGCUUCUCUGAUGUCAUUAGCUGGCGUAUCAUUGACGCCUACUACUCACAGCAUUUCAGCUCUGCGGACUUGAGGAGUCAGAUCGAGCAAGCCUUCCGUAGAUGGUCAGAGAUACUACCGCUCAAGUUUGAAGAAAAACCGAGUGGAGAUUUACUACUGGUUGACAUCCAUAUAUCUUUCAUCGAUAGCACCAACAGCGGGCAUUUUAAUGUUGACUUCACAAGUGUGGAGCUCGCCCGAUCUACCAGUAACUGGGCCAUCCUAUUCAAUGAUGACAUUCAAUGGACCUACAACUCGCACCAGGGCAAAAAUCUCAUCCAAGUCGCCGUUCAUGAAGUUGGUCACGUGCUCGGCCUGACCCACGUGAACCAAUCAGACUCCAUCAUGUAUCCGGUCUACGUGAACUUUGACCCCAAUGAUAGUAACUUCCGGGUGGUUAUUGACAACCAGAGCCGGCAUACUGCUACUUCCAUUCACGGUGUGUGUUCAGGCUCCUUCGAUACCGUCUUUGAUUGGGUGCGGACAGUAGGCACCAAGAAGAAGUACAGCUCAGUGUUCUUCCGUGGCGAUACCAUGUGGGUGUACGAGAACACCAAUGGGAGAGUGAAGUAUGGGGACCCACGUGCUAUCAGUGAUAUGUGGACUGGUGUACCUAAUGAUCUGGAUGCAGCUCUGCAGAUUCUACCUAGAUCUAGCACACAGGACGACUUGUACUUCUUUAAGGGUAACCGCUACUACCAGUUUGACAACAUCAACAGGCACGUAAUGCAGCUAGACCCAGUCACCAAUCAGGACAUCAGCAACGGGAGACUCAUCUCGGAAGGCUGGCCGGCAAAAUCAUCCAGCUUCCCUCGAAUACCGGACAAUAUCGACACUGCGUACUUUGAUAAGAGAGAUGGAAAUGUGUACUUCUUCAAAGGAACACUGGUGUAUGCCUACGAUAUGCAAGCUGGCGGCUGUUGCCUGAACAACUACCCAAUGCCAAUCAGCAGUGCUUUUAUCUUCCGCUACGAGCCAGGAGGACUACCCAGCUACCUGAACGCGGCUUAUUACUCCAUCUACAGUAAGAAGGUGUUCUUCUUCAAAGGAGAUACCUUCUGGGAGAACGAGACGUACAGCCCCGCCUCUAGCCAGGUAGUGAAUAGGCUCGGCUAUGGGAGCGCAUGGAAUGACCACUGGAACAACAUAUGUGAAGUGUAGACAUGCGUCCGGAAUAUGGGCAACGUCCACCAAGCCCAGUGCUAAUUUUAUGAGAGCUUUUGUGUGUGUGACUGAUGGCUGAUAGUGGGGUAGCUUUAUGUCAUUGGCUGGUCAGAUACCAUCUUGGUGUACAGCUUGGUCCGGCCAAUUCUACUCCAGUGCGAUAGCAUUAUAGCAUAGGACUAUGAAGGAACAUGUACAUGUAUUCCAACAUGGCGUCUGUGAUGUCACGAGACUUCAGAUGUCUAACCAUCUUAAGGACGUGCUACACAAACGCAUCACGGCAUCAUCUUCUAUAUCUUUUUAACGGAUCAACUAUUUGGGAUCCACUGGAUGAAGACCCUGUGUGUUUGCCGUGAAACGUCGGAAUUGAAAAGUGCAAUCAGAAAACACUGCCCGUCCCUAUUGGAGCAGAGAACUGAACAAUAAAUUGAACACCAAGAAAACGGGUCAGAGUUCUGUGAACAACCGAAUACCUAAACAACCUGCAGUAUUAAUGGAACCCCAAUAUAUCUUUAGAAGCGAAGGUAUGAAGAACCGACUUAUAGCAUUUUUAUUCCACAAUGGAGGACGGUUGUCAACGAAUUCACCAAGAGUAUUCCGUCCAACAAAAAGCCUUUUAAGAACAAAAUCAAAUUGUAUAUUUCUAUGAAUUUUAUAAAAUUUAUGGUUAAACAAAAAUGUAAAUGGUUCUCCCGUAGUAUAAGUUUUAUUUAAGUUAAUAGGUGGGAAAAGGCGCUUAAAACCACUCUUAUAAAAUAAGAAACGCAAGAUACUUAUGUUAAAGGUCAAUUUCAAGUUAUAGUUGCAUUUUUAAAGCUUCGUUUUUGCUACUUUGUUUUCAUGCACCAUAUUUGUUUGCAUAAAUACCGUUUGGCUUGGUUGUGGCAACAAUUUCUCAUUGGCGAAAUAAGAUCAUUUUGGAAAAGUUUUUUAAGUAAGUAAAACUGACGGAUCGUUAAGUACUUUUUAUUUGAACAUUGCACAUGUUUUUAAUAAUUGUAAAGAAAAUAUUGUUUAUUUAAUGUAUACUGGGCCAGUAUAUCAUAUGCUUUUAUUUGUCUCGUUUAAACUGAGGCAUGUAUUGUUAUAUGCUAAUGUUGAGAUCGAAAGUAUCUGGUACAUUCUUACAUAAACCUCCCGAUCAGAUUUGACCCGGGUCCCGUCGGGCCUGACCUAUUACUGGAUCAUUAUGACUCGGAUUCUGUGUCGAAACAACCCAGAAAUGGGUUGAACUGAUGCAGAAUUUGAGUUAACAUUCCAUGAAGAAGAAAAAGCUGAGCCAGAAAUUGGAAUUCUGGUGACUUUUGAUUGGGAAAUUUUAGGAGUGCAACAAAAAAUGUGUUUGUCCCCAACAAAAUAUUGACACCAAACGUUUCGGAGUGUAAUAGGCCCUUUACAAAUCCACGGCUUCGGCCCAAGAUCCGGCUCAGAUUAGCCUGGCACUCGUAGUUGUUUUGGCAAUUCAGACCAGGGAACGCAGCCUGAAGCCGAAGACGUGGAUUCGUACAGAACCAUAGUUAAACAAAAAUUGAUCAUGUUAAAGUUUCCCGUCCUCCCAGCUCUCCCACGUGAAUAAUUAAUGACUUAUCGACGAGGCACACUGUGCCAUUAUUCACGAUAUAUAAAGACUAACACCCUAACACUAAAUAGUGUAUACUAUAAUGGUAAAGCUAGUAUUUAGUUCUAAUUGUAGGAGGUAAAAUUCUAACCAAUGGUUUAUUUUACGUAGAUCUAACCCAUGGGGAUUUUGAAACAAAGAUCAACGAUUGGCUAGUCAUAAUUAACCUUGUUUGACAAUACCCAACGUAACGGUACAGUUUUUCUUCAAGGACUAAACUAAAGUUUACACUCUACUGCCUACUUAAAAUCACCUUGGUCAAUAUUUCUACCAGUCGUUUCAUACUUUCAAACCUCAAUGCAAUACGCAGACAUUCUCCUGAUCGCCAUUUUGAAUGUCCUUGUUUUGAAGAGCUUUAUCUUAGUUGGAAUUCGGCAUUUCACUAUGUUGAAACAUUUGCAGAUGUAAGACUUGUUGCAGCGAGAACACUUUCUUAAAGAAACUGCUGGUAGUAGUGUCAAAUCACUCCAACUUCCUUUAAAUGCACGUUCACUCAGUAGCCAUUUUGGAAUUCAUGGCUUAAAAAGCCGGAUCGUAGGUGAAAGCCAUUUUUAAAAAGGGCCCUUUGUCUCUUUCGUUUCGCAUGAUGGGAGACUUUUGAACGCCAUUGUUUACUACGUCAGUCUGAGCAUGCCCACAUUUCAAAGAACAAUGGAUUUACCUGGUAUGUCUGCUGCCCUCUAGCGCCCCCAAAAGUCUCCCAUUUCAAACCACAUGUUGACUGUAACUUCACACGUAUUGUUUACUGCACCGCUUACUGUUGGCAUCCUCGUAUAUUAUUUUUGUAUAUUGUUUAAAUAAAAUAUCUUAAUAUGACUUCGCUGAAAAAUUUGCCAGGGUAGAUAUUAAUAAUAACGAAACCAAACAAAACACACACAUUGCCGAAGGUCUGAUUGCGGGAACUUUAUGGCGGUUGUAAAUAAGGAUGGUAAACUUGUUAACAAGUUUGUAAAAUCCACUACAUGCAAUAAGAAUGUGUAUUUAUUUGUUUCUCACAACAACCUGGUAGCAUAGCUGUGUACUGUUCAAACAUUGUAUAUACAUGUAGUUUAUCCAAUGCCGCGGACAUGUGGCGUGGUUUAAAUCUUGGCAAAUUUUUCAGCAAUUCUUGCGUUUUAUUUUUUAUUUUGACCAACCGGCAUUAUAAUCUUUAAAUAAGUUUGAUAUUAAGCCGGUUUUUUUACGUAGACGUUUUUUGUUUUAGUCGAUGACAUGUUUUGUGGUACUUUGAAGUAAACGUAAACCUGAAGUGUUUGAAUAGCUAAAAGGUGGUGGGCUGUAUAUUGAUACCGACAUAAAUGACGUCAUCAUGUCAAAUUUAAAUAUAUUAUAAUGAGCUAAGUGCUCUUUUUUUAGCUUAAUGACAAGAGUGACUCGUUUAUGUGUAGCUUCUUUUCCACCUUUUUGCUGAGCACAAUUGACUCCACUCGCUAAAUGCUACUUACUAUAUUUCUUAUUAAGUAUUCAAGUGAUUUCUUAUAAUGACUGUAUACAAACUUUUGUUUGUACUUGUAUAAGUGUUUAAAUUAUUUGACCUUUAAACGAAUGUGGCUGUUAGGGAUGUAUAUGCUUGUUUUUGUUUCUUACAUGUUCAACUUUAAAACAAAGAAAAUAAGUGGAGAAAAACACACAAUGCCAUCACCAAUAAAACGAACGCGUUUCCCUUAAAAUUCCUUCCGGUUUUUUGUGGGGGUUUUUCUGGAAGGAAAGAGAUGGUCUUAGGUAUACACAAGCGGUAUAUGAUUUACUGCUUUGGUGUCAAAUAUUUGGUAUACAAUCAUGUUGGUCAUUGUUUUUAAAAGAUAGGAAUUACCUAUAACAUAUUUUGGCUGGAAAAUUGAGAUUCGCUUUUCAAAAGGUAAAUGUAAUCAGCAGAUUCAAUUUUAUUGGUUAAAUUUUCAAUUGUAACUAAAUAUAUUUAUACUUUUAAGCCCUUCUGGUCCCUUUGAUAUUUUAUAAGUUUUAAAACAAUAUAUAUAUUAUUUGUAUAUUAAAAAUGCCUAUUAUCGGUCUAAUCUUGGGUGCGUUUUAGUACAUGACAAGGGUACUGGUAUUGUAUUAGUUUUUUUUUAAACACGUCCUAUCAAAUUAGUUAUGAUGCAGGCGAAUGAAUUUUUAAAGAUCUUGCUCUGGAAAUCUGCUUUUUAUUUUUGGCGUUAUUGUUUUACUAAGCGAAAUAAUACAAUGCACUAACUUAAUAACAUAAGUAAACUUUGCGGCAAUAAAGGGACAGCAAAAGAAAGCAAGCCACACAAUAACUUGAACUAUGAGCGGCAAAAGACAGAAAAUCAAGACACUAAUUAUCUGCAAUUCUUUAAGUAGGCGCUCUAAGGUCGAUCUCGGUUUUGUGAUGCAAUUGUUUCUCAACAGAGGGAUUGCACAUAUGACGUCAUUGCAUAUGACGUCAUUGUAGUUAGGGCCUAUAUUAUGUGGAAACGGCCCUGGAAGAAUAGUUGAUUGCAGCCCACACCUUGAUGUGUCUGGCGACUCGCAUAAAAAAUAUAAUCAAACAAAAUGAAACUUUACACGAUUUUUACUUGAGGUUGGUGACUUGUCUUAUUCUUCCCGUUUUCGUAUAGACUCUAUGAUAGAGGAACCCAUUACAAAGCAUGCACUUGACCUUUGAGUCCGUUUUAAUGCUACAUUUCUGUUUUUGGCAUAGAUUAAAAUCUGUAUCAUAUACAACUUAUUUUCUUACAUAAUAUUCUAUGAAAAAAAUAAUGUUAAAAAUAAAUGUGUUUUCAUUUUGCGCAAACUUCUAAAACGUAGAUUGCAUGUUUUUGCAGUUGGGCCUGGAUUAGCACGCCAUUAUCUUUGUAAAUUCUGUAAAAACUUGAAUAUAAAUAAUUGUUAUCUUCAUAUUUGUAUUCAUGUAAAAAUAGAAAGCGGCGAAGGGUUUCGGCGCCAGAACAAUCGUCCAUUUUCUAUAUAAGUUGUGUAUUCCAGUGAUUUUAUGUUUUGUGUGAUGAACAUUGGAGAAGUAAAAAACAAACAUUAUAAAGUAUCUGGUUUAUUAUGAACCUGGUCACAGGCUUAUGUUUUUUUUUAAAUAAAGAGUUAUGAUAUUUCCUAAA